AUGGUCUCGACUAGUGGCUCUAAACUACUACCUGAAGCGGCUGUAGAAAAAUUGCGGACGAAGCUUCUGCCAUUGACAACCGUUCUCACCCCCAAUAUCCCCGAAGCGAAGCUGCUACUGAAAGACGCCGGUCUAGAUGUACCGGAGCCAGAGGGUCUCCCGGACGUUCUUCAGUUAGUCAAGCAAGUCAAAGCCCUAGGCCCCAAAGCUGUUCUUCUUAAAGGCGGGCAUUUACCUCUCACCAAGGAUCACAAAACGGCGCGGAACCAGGACGAGGCUACCACAGUUAUAGACGUGCUUUACGAUGGACAAGAUAUCACACUUUUCGAGACAGACUUCUUAUUAUCUAGGAACACCCACGGCACCGGAUGUUCUCUUGCGUCUUCGAUCGCAGCCAAUAUUGCCUUAGGCAAAGAUUUGAAGCGAGCAGUGCAUAGUGCUGUUCGGUUCGUCGAGGCGGGAAUUAAGACCAGCUUUGAUAUUGGAAAGGGAAGUGGUCCAAUCAACCAUUUCCACUCGGUGUAUACACUACCUUUUGCGCCUGGCACACUUCCCGUGGAGAAAUUCAAGGAGUACCUAGUGCAGGAUUACCUCUACCUGGUGGACCAAUGCACCCUUCAUUUGUCCAAUGGACUUUGUCUAACAAUGUCCAAUUCGCUCGAAGCAAUGCGCUCGCAGCCUACAAGGCUAAGAAUAUGGAAUCCAUUGCUGCAUCGGCGCAGAUCGUCCUACACAUCCAGCGCGAAACAGCGUUGCACUUAG